AUGGAGCAGACAUUAGCUGUCUUUGCUACAGGGUUUACGAAUGGCCAAAGUUUUCUGGUCUUGGAUGAACAAAGAUUUUCAAAAGAAAUUCUUCCCAAGUACUUCAAGCACAAUAACAUGGCAAGCUUUGUAAGGCAACUUAAUAUGUAUGGUUUUCGUAAAGUAGUGCACAUUGAUUCUGGAGUUGUAAAGCAAGAAAGAGAUGGUCCUGUUGAAUUUCAGCAUCCUUACUUCAAACAAGGCCAGGAUGACCUGUUGGAAAACAUUAAGAGGAAGGUUUCAGCUUCAAAACCAGAAGAAAAUAAAAUUCGUCAGGAAGAUUUAACAAAAAUUAUGAGUAGUGCUCAGAAGGUUCAAAUAAAACAAGAAACCAUCGAAUCCAGGCUUUCAGAAUUAAAAAGUGAGAAUGAGUCUCUUUGGAAAGAGGUGUCAGAAUUAAGAGCAAAGCAUGCACAACAGCAACAAGUUAUUCGAAAGAUUGUCCAGUUUAUUGUUACAUUAGUUCAGAAUAACCAACUCGUGAGUUUAAAGCGUAAAAGGCCUCUACUUCUAAAUACUAAUGGAGCCCAAAAGAAGAAUCUAUUUCAGCACAUAGUCAAAGAACCAGCUGAUAAUCACCAUCAUAAAGUUCCACACAGUAGGACUGAUGGUUUAAAAACAAGAGAACGGAUUUCAGAUGACAUCAUUAUUUAUGAUGUUACUGAUGAUCAUGCAGAUGAAGAAAAUAUCCCAGUUAUUCCAGAAACUAAUGAAGAUGUUAUAUCUGAUACCUCUAACUGUAGCCAGUACCCUGAUAUUGUUAUUGUUGAAGAUGACAAUGAAGAUGAGUAUGCACCUGUCAUUCAGAGUCUAGAUCAGAGUGAACCAGCAAGAGAAUCCUUCAGUUCAGGAAGUGAUGUCACCAACCCUCUAAUGUCUAGUGCUAUCCAGCUAAAUGGGUCAUCUAAUCUGACCACAGAAGAUCCUGUGACCAUGAUGGAUUCCAUUUUGAAUGAUAACAUUAAUCUUUUAGGAAAAGUUGAGCUGUUGGAUUAUCUUGACAGUAUUGAUUGCAGUUUAGAGGACUUCCAAGCUAUGCUAUCAGGAAGACAGUUUAGCAUAGACCCAGAUCUCCUGGUUGAUUCUGAGAAUAAAGGAUUAGAACCUACGAAGAACAAUAUAGUUCAGCCAGUUUCAGAAGAUGGAAGAAAAUCUAAGUCCAAACCAGAUAAGCAACUUAUCCAGUAUACUGCCUUUCCACUUCUUGCAUUCCUUGAUGGGAAUCCUGCCGCUGCUCUUGAACAAGGGAGUACAACAGCAUCAUCUGAAGUUAUGUCUUGUGUAGAUAAACCUAUAGAAGUUGAUGAGCUUCUGGGUAACAAUGUGGACCCAGAACCAACCCAAAGCAAGCUUGUUCGCCUGGAGCCAUUGACUGAAGCUGAAGCUAGUGAAGCUACUCUGUUUUAUUUAUGUGAACUUGCACCUGCACCACUGGAUAGUGAUAUGCCACUUUUAGAUAGUUAAAUCACCUGGAAGUGGACUCUACAUGUACAUAUUCAUCAAAAUGAUGAAGUAUUUAUUUUAAGGUAUCAUUUGGUACUUUCUUUUGUAAAUUGUUUUGUUUUAAUCAGAUACUGUGGAAUAAAAGCACCUUUUGCUUUUCUCACCAACCACACAUUCUUGCAAAACCUGCAGGUGUUACUCAGUUUUGGAGGUAUACAAAAUUUAAUGCAGAUUAUUGGCAUAUCUUUUACGUUGGAGUCACAUGGCAUUUUUCUCCAUUUUUUUACAUAUAUGAUUAUUUGCUCCAGUUAAACUUCCAUUUUUUGUUUGAUGCUGUUUGCAUUUGACUGUAAAGUCAAUAGAACUAAUAGUAAACCUCCUAAAAUUUUCUCUGUUCCAGUUACUUUUAUUAAAAAUUUUUCGCUUGGUUUGUUUUUAAAACUGGGAACAUAAAGUGCCUGUAUCUUGUAAAGCUUCAUUUGUCUCUCUUGGUUCAGAGAAGUUCAUUUAUGUUCAGAGAUGUUUAUUCAUCUUUUAACAGGAAAGGCAAAGUGUACACAAGUGUUCACGGAUACUGUUCCAGCUCCCUAUGUGUAGAAAGACUGUGGGAUGGGGUUGGAAACAACCCCGUCUGCUUUUCACUUAGAUUAGUAUAAGUAAUAAAAGUUUUCUGGUUUGUGUUUUUAUGAAGUAUAAUAUUUAGUAAAAUAAAUAGAAUGAAAGUUGA